UCCUCCUCCGCCCUCACCUUUAUUUUUAAAACCUUGUUGCGUGAGUCUAUUUGUGUGUUUGUGCGCGUGUGAGUGCGCGUUUUUCAAUAGUGAACCUUGGGAGUCUAUUAAAAGAAGGCCUUGUGUGUGAGGGUGCCGAGGGUACAGAGGGUGAUCUCGUUUGCAAAUGAGUGAUAAGAACCAGGUCCUUUUGGUCGAGGCAUCGCGAGAAGCAAGCGCCAGUUAUCUCACGACCUCCACAAUAUCGAGAAUAUUGAUCUUGUAAUAUAUGCUUUCAUACGUUUUGCGGUGCUGUACAUUUAUUUAAUUAUGUUUUAUGUUUGUUUCUUUACUACGCAUCGGCCACACCUCACAGACUCUCCCCGUGCCCUGUAAUAUGACAGAUUUCAUGACAGAUUCCGUGACUCACCUGCACUUCAGGAGAGGAAGUCGUGGCGGACGACCAGCCGACCUCCGCGCUAGGCAGCUGGGGACUGAGUGGCUGAUGCUCGGGACUCGCCUUUUCCCUCCUUCUCCUUUUUGUUGGGAGCCUAAUUUGAGUGAUGGCAGAGAGAGUGUCGAGCCCGCGAACUGGUUAGACUCCCCGGGCUGCGUGGAAUGGCUGCCGUAGCUAGUAGAGCGAUGACGCGGAAAACGAGAGAGCCGGAGCUGCCGCGAUCCCCCAAUUCGGGCUUGUGGUGUGUUUUCGUUCAAAAAUGGCGAUGAAACAAUAACUUGCGAAGCCCUUCCGCGUGGGCAGGUGUGCCAGUCAGUUCCAGCAGUCGCAGGGAUGACUAUUCAAUAUUGGGAGAGGCGCGUAAGGGCUCUACACACUGAUGGAAACAGAAGACCUGGCAACAUAUCCAUCACUUUAGCAUAUUUCACCGUGGGCGGCCUCGAACCUCGCCCAGCAUUCGAAUUAGCGAAAUGGAUCCAGCGAGAUUGAAUGCUUAUUUUUCCCCUCAGCUGGAUUCAAGUGUCGCUGGUGCGGCCGCUGUGGCGUAUGGAGGCGAGGGUAAUAAUGCGGGGAAAAUUGCGAGGCAUUCGAUUAGCAGGAGGAAAAAGAGCACGGUCUUUUUCCUCCUCGGCAGUUGUGCUUUGGGUCAAGGACACAAGAUUGUUUCUGCUUCCUUUGUCUGAUUGAGAACCAUUAUCUUGCAGCCAGAGAACGACCGGCAGCGAGUGUGUGUAUACGUGACAAACAGAUUCAGAACUGGUCGAAGAGAACGCUAGAAAAUUUAGUUAAUUUCCCAAUGAAAUGAAUACAUAAAGCAAUGUGAUAUUUCGAGAGCAAUUAAUGGGCAAGCAAGAGUGUGUGUAGGAGCCGCACGCAGUCUGCGGCGCGAUCGGCCUUGAUAAGAAGCCAAGUGGUGGGCUGACAACACUGCUGACAACACUGAGCUGACGACACUGGGCAAUCGUCAGCCACCCCACGCCGCCCUCGAGCUGUUCGCCAUGGCUUCGAGGGACCGACGACGUACCACCAUGAGCCUCCUCGACCCCCUUCCCUAGACAACACCUGUUAUUACCAAUCAUUCCACUUUGCACAAUCCAUUCUCAGCCUGUGAUACUGUGGUCGGGUGCGCCACUGUGUUCUUAAAAGAGGAAAUUUCCACAGUUCCUCUCAGCUCACAUCCAGCACCACAUCCUCAUCUCCUCGAAUUCCCCUUCAACCUUGCGACGGUGAAAGCCACAUGGGCGUCACUGCGAGGUCUUCCGUCAGCAUUAUGACCCCCACUCUCUUUCAAGACACGUGUAGUGCUGCCUCAUCGAGCGUUCUGCCACUGAGUGUCGAGGUCCCUUUGACCCCGUAAGCUAGCCACCACCACCAUCCUCGAACUGUAAUUUGUUGUUGAGUCCCGAAAUGGCAGAGCGCCUCCAUCCCUGCGACGAUGAGGCGUCCACACCACUUCUCAGCACGCCCCUGUCUCUGUCCACCAUCACACCAGACCACUUGCCGCCCCGGCCCACCACACCCACCCUCACCGUCACACCGCCUCUCUCUGAAGCCUCACUCUCCACUACCAGCCUGCCUCAGCCGCACAUUAACACGACUCCCAUCACUAACUCUUUACAAACAGCUGUCACUAGCUCUCUGCCAUCGUCAUCGACUUGCACCAACACCACUUACUGCCUGUCGUCGCCUGUGACGUGUUCCACAAGCUUGCCCUGCACUGUGACAAUAUCUGCGGGCAUCUCUCAGUCUCUGUCAGAUGUUUCUAUCUCUUCCACGACGUCCUCGUACUCUCCCCCUCCCACGCCUCUGCUUGUGCCCAUGUCCUCUUCCUUUGCACCUGUGAUCUACCUCCGCCAAAACACUCCCGAGACCACCCCGGCCGCUUCCCCUGCCGCCUCUCCCACCAUCCCCUGCAGGCCCUUCCCCGAACCCUCCGUCCCUGCGCCGAGAACAGCCACAACCACCCAUUUACAACAUGACCCCCUGACGACACCCCCUAACAACUGCGACAGUUCCUUCAUCCCUCCCGCGCCUUCGACGGAUCCCACUGACUCCUCGGAUCCGCUCGACACGGAAACUGGCGACGACGAUGGCGAUGACGAGGAAGCGAGUAAGAGCGUAGGAUGUGUGGGGGGACUAACGCGCAGGGUGACACACCGACCCUCUCUGCUCACCCCUGCACCCGAACAGCACCAACGACGUGCUUCCCUGCUGUCCACGCUCUCCGUGUCACCCAGCACGGGGAGGCGUCCGUCUCUUGUCUCACUGCUGAGCGUCACGCCAUCCCUUGCCGCACGCCGUUUCUCCUUCAGCAUCGGUGCUCACGCCCGGUCGGACCAGAUGGUGUCGUUGAGCUUCAAGUCUCUAGAGUCGUACAUCUCGGAGGAUAACCUGACGGGGCUGCAGUCCUUCCUCGCCUCCCGCUCUGUGGUCAUCGACGACAAGGACGAGAAUGGCUCGACGGCGCUCAUCCUGGCGGCCAGUAAGGGCAAGCCGGAGUUCUGCAAAGAGUUGCUGCUGCACGGAGCCGACGUCAACGCCGAGGACAACGAUCAGUGGUCGGCCCUCAUUACGGCAGCGAAGGAUGGGUAUGAGGAGACGGUGGCGACACUCCUCGACAAUGGAGCCAACAUUAAUGCAAAGGACAUGGGCGGAUGGACAGCGCUCAUGUGGGCGUGUUACAAGGGUCAUACGAACCUGGCUAGACUGCUCCUGGCUCGGGGGGCGGACUCUAACACGCAAGGGCAGCACCACAUGAGCUCCCUCGUGUGGGCGUCCGGCAGGGGACACACGGCCAUCGUCAGGGAGCUCCUCGUACACGGGGCCAAGGUCAACAUCGGCGACAAGUUCGGCACGACGCCGCUCAUCUGGGCGUGCCGGAAGGGCUACUACGAGAUCGCCGAGGAUCUGCUCAAGCACGGAGCCAGCGUGGAUGCCUCCGGGAUGUACUCUUGGACACCAUUACUGGUAGCAACAAAGGGCAACUAUGUAGAUUUGGUGAAUCUUCUGCUGGAACAUCGGCCCAACCUUAAUGCCCUAGAUAAGGAUGGUGGUACAGCCCUUACUAUAGCUUGCAAGGAAGGUUAUACCGAAAUUGCCACAGCUCUACUUAAUGCUGGAGCCUAUGUCAAUGUACAGGAUAGAAACAGUGAUUCCAACCUCAUUCAAGCAGCAAGAGGAGGCCAUAAAGCAGUGGUAGAAGCAUUGCUUAAAAAGUACGCUGAUGUAGACUUGGUAGGGAAGGAGAGGAAAACCGCUCUCUAUUGGGCCGUUGAGAAAGGCCAUACUUCUGUUGUAAAGGUGCUAUUGAGUGCCAACCCAGACCUAGAGCACACCACCAAGGAUGGAGACACAGCUCUUCUCAGAGCAGUAAGGACCAAGAAUGCAGAGGUGGUGCAGCUGCUGGUGGACAAGAGGGCACGAGUUUCUGUAGCAGAUAAAAAAGGAGACACUGCCCUUCACAUAGCCAUGAGAGGUCGAUCUAAGAGGAUAGUAGAAAUAUUAUUAAGGAACCCAAAGAACAGUCAACUUUUGUAUCGUCCUAAUCGUUCUGGUGAGACACCGUACAAUAUUGACCUGUCAAACCAGAAGACAAUCCUUGGGCAGAUUUUUGGUGCCCGUCGUUUGAACACAAAUGAGGACAACGAGAACAUGCUGGGUUAUGACCUCUAUUCUUCCUCUAUGGCAGAUAUCCUUAGUGAGCCUUCUCUUUCAAUGCCUAUAUCUGUUGGCCUUUAUGCUAAAUGGGGUUCUGGAAAGUCUUUCCUUAUUCGCAAACUCAAAGAGGAGAUGUGUAGUUUUGCUCGCCAGUGGGUAGAACCUCUAUUCCAGUUCUCCCCUUUGGUGGUGCUGGUUAUAGUGCAUCUCUCCCUCUUGGUGGGACUCAUAGCAGCCGUUCCUACCAUUUCAUGGAAGAUAGGUUUGGCUGCAGGUGGAUCAGUGUUCCUUGUCAUUACGCUCUUCCUUGUGGCAGUUUGGCACGGCUCUAGAAGGAUUUAUAUUAUGUAUCUUAACUCUUUCCUUCUUUUAUUCUCCAAAAGGCGACCAUACCACGGUGCUCUCAUGAACCCUCUGUUGAUCACCUUGGGAGUCUUGGCAGCAGUGGUUGUGGUUGCCAACCUGCACACCCUUGCCAGGAUGUUUGGUUCACUUAUCUUCUCUCACCGCCGCCAUCUCAUCCGUCGUGUGGCGAAGCUUGAUACCAUCAAAGCUGAAGGGUAUCUACAAACCCUCAAGAGUGAGGUCAACCUUAUGGUGGAGAUGGUGAAGUGCCUAGAUGCCUUUACAGCCCAGCAAACAAGGCUUGUGAUUGUGGUGGAUGGGUUAGACAGUUGUGAGCAGGAGAAGGUGUUGUCUGUUUUAGAUGCAGUACACACACUCUUCACCGACUCAUCAGCUCCCUUCAUCAUUUUACUUGCCAUUGAUCCUCACAUCAUUACCAAAGCUAUAGAGCUCCAUGUUCAUCGGGUAUUCAAUGAAUCUUCCAUCAGUGGGCAUGACUACCUUAGGAACAUUGUCCACCUGCCGUUCUACCUACAGAACUCUGGGCUGCGCAAAGUCAAGCAGGCGCAACAGGCAGCUGAGAAGACCAGGGGAAGAUCACAGAGCAUGUGGCUGGAGGUAGAGACAGACUCUGUAAGCAUUGCCACAACCUCUGCUAUGGGUGGCAUUAGCCAUAUACCGUUAAAACGUGCAAUAUCCAGCGAAAGCGGAUUCAAUUUCUCCAUUCCUGCUAAUCGUCGCAUGUCAUCAGAGAGCGGUCUAAGUUCUUCCCAGAACCUUAGAAGAAAUAAUAGCAAGAGUAGCAGGAGAACUCUCAGGCCAUCAGAUUCUGUUGCUUCCAGUAUAGGCUCUAAUCUCAAUAGGGUUGGAGGUGCUCAGGAUCUAACAAAGGUGUUAUUAACAGAUGAUUACUUUAGUGACAUAAAUCCAAGAUCAAUGCGAAGGUUGAUGAAUGUUGUUUACAUCACUGGCAGGUUGUUAAAGGCAUUCCACAUAGAUUUCAACUGGUAUCACUUAGCUUCAUGGAUUAAUAUCACUGAGCAGUGGCCAUACCGUGCUUCAUGGCUCAUCCUGUUUUAUGAGGCCAAUGAGGACACCCUAGAUGAUAAGUGCUCUCUGAAGGAUCUCUUUGAAAAAAUCAAGAACCAGGUUCCAAACUCCAAGGAAGUUGAGCCUCUUUUGGAGAUGGACAAAGAGGAAAAGAAAUUUGAAAUCUUUCUCUCUAUGCACAAAAGUUCCUUACAUGUAUCAGACCUCAAAGUCUUCCUUCCAUUCACCAUUAACCUGGAUCCAUUCAUUAGAAAGGUAAUCAAGGAGGAUCAGCCACAAUUUGAUGACAUGGGACCACAGUUCACUGCCAAUCCUACUAGUCCUUGGUCCUUCCAACAGUAUGACCCACAGAAUAAAGUUACUACAACUCCAAGAAGACCAGUAAGAGGCAAUCAGAAGAACUCUACAGCCACCAUGCCACCCAUGAAUCCACUCAUGUGGGGUUAUGGUCCACCAUUCCUUCCUUCCAUCCAGUCAGCCCCAUCAGUUGACUUCAACCCUGUUCCCAUGAAUAUGAACACUGCUUCAAAUACUGCCAGUUUGCCACCUGAAGCUGCAGAUAAGAAGCUCUCCAGCUUGUCCAUUGAAGGUUUGUUUGAGAUAUUCAGCAAGGUUGAAGGUGUUUCCACAGGCAUGCUGUCAACCUACAAAGAAAGAUUCAUUGAGCAUAAUAUCAAUGGAAAAGUUCUGCUGCACUGUGAUCUGGAUGACCUGAAGAAGGUUUUGCACAUGAAUUUUGGAGACUGGGAGUUGUUCCGUGUUCUGGUGCUUGGCUUAAGGGAGCGUGAAGCAGAUGAGGAGUUUAUUGCUAAAAACGUCAGAUUCGCUGAUACGCACAUUCAGCGGAAUGGUUCUCAGGACCUCGAGGACAGCGCGGCUCCAAGUAGUCUGUUGAGCACUUCCAGUGGUGACGGUUCUCUCAUGCGAAGGGGGUCAAGUCGGGGGUCAUCCACCAUGAGCAGUAACAAGGAAAGAGAAGACCUUCAUGGAUCAGUCCGAAAAGUUACUAAGCAAAAUCUCCUAGCAAAGCAGGCAUCGCCACGAAAAUCCCCCAAAUCGUCCAUCAGAUCUCGCAGUGCUGGAUGUACAUCAGAAGUAUCUGAGGACCAACAGACACAAGAUUUUGAUGAUGAGGAGACCAUCAUUAAUCCCAAUGUUCCCAAAAUAAUCAUAGAGCAGGUAACCAUGGAAGAGCAGAUGAUCUUUGGUGCAUUGCAAACCCUAAAUGAGGAAGCCUGUGAAGAUGUACUUGAAGAGCAAGAGAAGGCUGACCUCGCACCCACAACCUCUCAUCUCUCAACAAUAACAUCAGGAGAGACUGGUGAAGGAGAGAGCUCUGUGGUUAAUGGAGGGGAGGAGAUGGAUGUAAUGUUCUUGCAGUCAUCACCACUUCUCUCUCAUCGCGUUGUAUCGGCACCAGCCUCAGAUGUGGAAUCCACAGCACCUUCCCAUGCCUCCAGCUUCUCCCCAUAUAAGCCGAACAAUGUGUCACUUUCCAGAGCUUCUUCAUUACGUUGUUCCUCAACCUCCACCUCACCUAAACACAGCACAAGUGACAAACCAUUAGGGGUGCCAACUCUUAGGAAUGAAGGCAGAGAGUCUUCACCAAUUGGAAGGAUUUCAGUGUCAAAUAAUAAUUCUCCACUGCGUCGUAGUCGACCCCAGUCACUUAAUCUGGGUCGUGGGCUUCAUGACCCAGAUGCCUCGAGUCCUGACACUCCACAGCAAGAUAAUCUAGAAGGCCACGGUAGAAAUCAUUCCUUUUCCUACAACAUCCCUUACCGCCCUAAGAAUUUCACACCAAGUUGCUCCUACGCCCCCGCCAUUAAUAUAACCUCCCAAUCCCUCCGACCACGUGCGCCAGUGUGCGGCCACCAUGAUGGCCCACUAAAGCACAGCUUUCUGCCCCAUCAAGAUGAUGCUGAAACAUCACCCUUAGUUUUGGCCACACCACUCCUCACACCACCACACACCAGUAGCCACCCAGACCCCAGAUUGUGCCCAACAUCUGCUGAUCGUGGAACGACCAACCCCAGUUGUCAGAAACAGGAAAUAGGGGUGGACCCACCCCAGAAUCUAAGAAGUAAAGACAACUGCAUGCUUCCAGGCACAACCCUACCUCCACCACAUUCCCCCAACACUCCCAAGCACCAACAAUCACUCCCACCCGCCCCCGCCACCGCCCAUGCCCAGCACCCAUGGCCUCCCCCAAUAGCAGGCACACCCCCGCCACUCUCCCCAGCAUCCCCUUCCACUUCACCACCUUUCCAAUCUCCAAAAAUCGUCUACAGUCUCCACAGUCGUCCAUCACAUCCGGGUCCCAUAACCUCAGUGCGCACUCAGUCUAGAUCGUCCAAUCAUUACAAUUCCAAAGAUCCCUACCCCAUCCUCUCCUACUACAAUCUACGUCAAUCACUCUACGAAGUCAUCAUCAACAACAAUCUACCACAACUCAAUACUCAUACCAGUCAUACAAAGAUGACCAAACUGAUCACUAGCUCAAUCCUCAAUCAUCAUACCCAAUCUCCGUCAUCAACGAUAUUGUCCGAACUCCUCUCCAACUCUCCGAAAAUUCAGCUCAAUUCAAGGCUUAGCAUAGCAGAAUUCUACAAUCUCACCCAAGUCCUCAAUCUCUAUCAUCGUCAAAUCUCUAAAGAGCUCACAAUCAUUCACUUCAAUCAUCAUAUCCCCUACAUCAGAUACGUUCUCACCUCCAACUCGAUCAUACCCGUCUACAAAAUCAACAUCACAUCUCAUCCUCGAAUCCAAUCCAAGACAAGGACUCUCCACUCUAAUAUAACUACCAUAACCACGCCAUCAUACCUUCCAACAACCCAAUACACUACCAACCCCAUCUCUACGAUCUCGUGUCCAAUCUUACUCUCCUCUCUUAUUAUCACAACCAAACUCAAAAGUGCCACAACUCACAUCUUCAAAUUCUCUCAGCAACCUACUCAUGAUCCUAAAUCCCUAUAUACUCUCAUCAAUCUCAAAUCAAGGCACGAAACUCAAUCAAUCGAGCAACUUCCACGAAACAAUUCCACCGGACUCAACCUCAUCUACCAAUAUCUCUGCAUCUCUUCCAGCAUCAACGCCUCCGGCUCACACACAACCAUACCUCCAAUCCACAACAUCAUCGACUCACUCCUCCAGAAUCAACACUCUCCCUCUCCCCCCCACUGCAUCAGUGCUCUACCCUCAUUCAUCUCUCACACUCCUACUGCCUCCUCAGCCACUCCCCCAACUACGAUCAUCUCAGUCUACUCGCAAAGUCGUUCACUCUCAAAAGGUACUCUGAUCCCCACCAGGAUUCUAGCUGUCUCCUCACCCACUCAACUACUGUACGUACCAAUCAGUUCAUCUACCAUUAACCUCUACAUCAAUACAAAAUCGUACUCCAAUCGACAAAAUCUCAGCAGCUCCAAUCUCCUGCAGUCCUCCCAGAAAACUCUAGGCUCAGUCCCGCCUCCAUCAAAUACCCCGUAUCGAAUACUCCUCGCACACUCUCAACAUCUCCCUCCUCCGAAACACAUUCAACUCAUCACCUCCUCACUACCACACAUCCGUCCUCACUCGCUAAUCCAACCAUCUGACACAUCUCACAGCUCUCCUCUCUCAACACGCUCACCUCAGGAAUAUCCCAAAACCCACACAACUCAUUCCAACGGGGGGGUCACCAUAUCCUCACAACUCAAUCACUCCAUCCGUCCGUGUCACCAACACAUGUCUAGACAAACACUCUCCAGUCUCGGAUGCUCGACUCCACCCUCUUCUCUCCUCUCGGAUCUGCUCGGCAUCAAUGGUCCUCUCCAUAUCCCAACAUCACGAGAAAUCAAAUCACCCCCACAACCUCCCCCGUCCCGACUACAACUCAUAUCACAAAAAUUCCUCCGUCCAUCAUGCUCUAAACGGCUAGCAGCUCCGGACUCACCUCUCCAAGCCUCCUCCUCAUCAACGACAAAGCUCAUCUUAUCUACUCUCAAUCAAUACUCACAAUCUGAAAAACUCUCAACUCUCGACCCAAUCCUAACAGCUAACAAUCAGAGAGACAAAAAACCCGUAGAUCUAAACCUACAUCAUUCGGAAGUCAAGCAAUCAAAGACACAUCUCUCACAGCUUCACGAACGCAACCAGGGUAGCACGUCGCUCUCCUGCCCAAUCCACCUAUUAGCUCGUCACCUACAGCUGCACAGUACUAAAGGUCAGCAGCGAUGCCACAAUUCGGAACCUCUCUUCAUUGAUUCUCAGCCCAUCACUUAUUCGUCUACUACGGCGAACAUAAAUUCUCUCUUCGCCUCAUCUAAAAUGAUCAUACUGAAAUUCUACUUUAUAAAUAAUAUCACACGACAAGCAGUAUCCCCCAACUUCAUCAUUGACUCGAUCUCACGACCAUCAGUCUCAGCAAGCUCUCAUCCUCAGACCGGAUCGUCCCACGCACAAUCUGCCGAAAGCCCCUCACCUCGCUGCUACCUCUCAUUUAAAGAUAAGUUCGCUUCUACAUCUCAUACUCCCCCUCAUAUGCUUCGUCACCCAUACUUACAUAAUCCCCUCAAUGAUCUCUUCCCUACAAUUUAUCAGUCCUCUCAGUCUAUCUCACCUCUACCUCGUCACCUACUCUCCAUCAACCAUCAUCAGUACUCUCCUAUAGCAGAUCACUCACGUCGAAAUUCGAAGUCUCUCUCCAACCAGUCCACUCGUGUCUCAACGACUCAUCUCCUUCUCAGCAUCGCUCACUGUCAUCAUCGCUCCUCCCGCAGCAAGUCGUCUCAGAGCACCUAUCCUCCAGCUCGCACUCUCACCCGCUCUCUGCCGUCCACGCAACCUACUUACCCCAGUAGAUCUCUGCAAACUCCUCCUGGUAUCCUCUUCUCCACUCGUCCGCUCUCUUCGGCUGUGCUUGGACCUCUCUCUCUCGAGAGCUCCUUCGCUCCGCUCUCAAUCACCAUAAUCUACACGAAUACGUCUCUCUACUCGUACUCUAGCACUCCCCGACACAAGGAAAAUUAUUCAAUUAUAGAUUUUAUUAUUAAAAUGGUGAGUGUGAGAGGACUCCUACAAUUAAAAAUCGAGAGAAAUGGAAUAGAAAAUCUCCAGAAGGUGCUCAAAUCGAAUCAAGAACGCUCGCGAACGCGCAAGAGAACCAAUUUCUCAAACAAACGAAAGCUAGAUGUGGACAACGACACCUAG